CCACAACCUCUGGAAACGAGAACGUGUCGGAUGCCAGCUGCAGAGUAAAAGAGUGUGAGAGUGGGAUGCGUUCGUCUCCUUAUAUGGUCAAAUGAUAUGAAGGGGUUUCGCUGGGCUGUGAAGGGAGACUUUCCACACAAUGUGGAUGUAGUGCUGGGAGCCUACAGUGUCACUGCUCCAGCUGUGUGGCUGCCUAAGAGCACUGCUCCCUGCCACUGGAUGUGUGACUUCCUCUCCGCCUCUACCCCUGGGAGGAAGAGAGAGCACUCACUAGCUGCUGCUCUGUUAGAAGGGAUUGGUAAUGACAAUGACCGAACGAUUUGACUGCCAUUACUGCAAGGAAUCUCUGUUUGGAAAAAAAUAUCUUCUGAGAGAAGAAAACCCAUAUUGUGUGAAAUGUUAUGAGAAUCUGUAUUCCAACUCCUGUGAAGAAUGCAAGAAGCCCAUUGGCUGUGAUGGCAAGGAUCUUUCAUAUAAGGAUCGCCACUGGCAUGAGGCCUGCUUUCACUGCUUCCAGUGCAAGCGAUCACUGGUGGACAAGCCAUUUGCUGCAAAGGAUGAGCAUCUCAUCUGUACCGAAUGUUACUCAAAUGAAUAUUCUUCCAAGUGCAACGAAUGCAAGAAAACAAUAAUGCCAGGAACACGCAAGAUGGAGUAUAAGGGAAGCAGCUGGCAUGAGACUUGCUUUAUCUGUGCCCGAUGCCAACAGCCAAUUGGAACCAAGAGCUUCAUCCCCAAGGAGAACCAAAACUUUUGUGUGACAUGUUAUGAAAAACAAUUUGCAAUGCACUGCAUCCAGUGUAAAAAAGCCAUUACCACAGGAGGCGUCACCUAUCGGGAUCAGCCCUGGCAUAAGGAGUGCUUUAUUUGUACUGGCUGCAAGAAACCAUUGUCUGGGCAAAGAUUUACUUCCCGGGAUGAGUUUGCUUAUUGCCUGAACUGCUUCUGCAACUUGUAUGCCAAGAAAUGUGCUGGAUGCACAAGUCCCAUAAGUGGGCUUGGAGGGACCAAGUACAUAUCUUUUGAGGAGCGACAAUGGCACAGCGAUUGCUUCAACUGUAAGAAGUGUGCCAUUUCCUUGGUGGGCCGUGGCUUUCUUACAGAAAGAGAUGAGAUCCUGUGUCCUGAAUGUGGAAAGGAUAUAUAAAGCAAAUGCCAAAAAAUACCUAAUGCGAAAAAUAAUAUAACGUGAAUGUUUCAGCAAAAAUGUGCGAACUGUUUGCUGUUCUUUAUUAGGAAUAGCCAAUUUUUGUCCUUUAUAUGUCUAAAGAGAUUGUAUGUGUUAAAGGGGUAUUCCAGGCAAAAACUAUUUUUUAUAUAUCA